CCUUCUUUGCUCCUUUCCUUGCUUCCUCUUUUCUACCCCUCCCGACCACCCAAACGCUCCUCCAGCCAGUCCGACAUCCCCAGAUACUCACAACACACGCACAUCACAGACCCACACACACUCCCCCACAACACAGACCGACACACACACUCACACACACCAGAGACGAUGGGGAACUUUGCCGCCAACGAGGGACUGUCCAUCUUUGUCAUCCUGGUGUGGCUUGGGAUAAAUGCCUUCCUCUUCGUGCAAUUCUACCUGGUGUUUCUCACCGAUAAAUGGUUCUACACUAGAGCUAUACUCGGGGAUGCCCUCUCCUGGGCCAGGGCUCCAGCGGCCUGCCUCAACUUCAACUGCAUGCUGAUCCUGCUCCCUGUGUGCCGGAACCUUCUGUCCAUGCUGAGAGGAACCAUCCAGUGUUGCAGCAGAACGGCCGCCCGACAGCUGGACCGCAACAUCACGUUUCACAAGCUGGUCGCCUACAUGAUCGCUGUUCACACCGCGGUCCACAUCCUCGCCCACCUCUUUAACUUCGAGCGCUUCAUGGACGGGCAACUGAACCGCGACGCGCACCUGAUCACCUUCGUGCUGUCGGAUAUCGGGAACCGCGGCAACGCGUCCUACCUCAACCCCAUCCGCACCAACGAGACGAACCCGACCAUCAUCAUGUUCACCACCAUCGCCGGGGUUACGGGCGUGGUCAUUACGCUAGCGCUCAUCCUCAUCAUCACCUCCUCGAUGGAGGUCAUCCGCCGGUCGUACUUCGAGGUCUUCUGGUUCACCCACCACCUCUUCGUCAUCUUCUUCAUUGGACUGGUGUUCCAUGGCUUCGGACGGAUAGUGCGUGGCCAAACGGCGGCAAGUCUGAGGGCUCACAAUCCGUUGGAGUGUGUGGACAAGUUUGAGACAUGGGGGAAGAAUGGAUCCAACUGCCCAGAACCGGAAUUCGCCGGAAAUCCGCCAAUGACCUGGAAGUGGGUGGUUGGCCCCAUGAUUCUGUACGUGUGUGAGCGGCUGGUCCGCCUCUAUCGCUACCAGCAGAAGGUGGUCAUCACCAAGGUGGUGAUGCACCCCUCCAAGACCCUCGAACUGCGAAUGAAACGGAAGGGCUUCCACAUGGAGGCGGGUCAGUACGUCUUCAUCCAGUGCCCCUCCAUCUCAGCCCUGGAGUGGCACCCCUUCACCCUGACCUCGGCGCCGGAGGAGGACCACUUCAGCGCCCACAUCCGCAUCGUCGGCGACUGGACCGAGAAGCUGUACCUGGCCUGUGGCGGGGACAAGAGCGAGAGCCAGGACGCAUGGAUGCUGCCCAGGCUGGCCAUCGACGGGCCCUUCGGGACGGCCAGUGAGGACGUGUUCCGCUACGAGGUGGUGGUCCUGGUGGGGGCCGGCAUCGGGGUCACGCCCUUUGCCUCCGUCCUCAAGUCUGUCUGGUACCAAACCUCCCAGGGACAGGAGGACGUGUUCACCAAGAAGAUCUACUUCUACUGGCUGUGCCCAGAGACCCAGGCCUUUGAGUGGUUUGCUGACCUUCUUCAAUCCCUGGAGGGCCAGAUGACAGAGAAAGGCCUGGCCGACUUCCUGAACUACAACAUCUACCUCACCCGCUGGAAGGAAAACGAGGCCGCCCACUUCCGGGUCCACCACGAGGCGGAGAAUGACCCAAUCACGGGGCUGAAGCAGAAGACCCUCUACGGCAAGCCCAACUGGGACAACGAGUUCACCAACAUCGGUGCAAAGCAUCCUGGGACCAAAGUGGGCGUGUUCCUGUGUGGCCCCACCGUGCUGGGGAAGGCCCUGGCCCGACAGUGUCUGUCCCACUCCGAGGGAGGCGUGGAGUUCAUCUUCAACAAGGAGAACUUCUAACUUGGCAAAACCGAUCAAAAUGGCGACAAGAACGAACGACUCAUCGAAUGAAAUACAUCUCUCUCCUCAACUGAUGUAAAUUAGUUUGUACCUCGACAUUUCUUAACUACUUCCUGCUGUCUCCUUCAGAAGCGUAACAUCAGCUGACAUGACGCACGUCACCGCAACAGCUGACGCUUCUGAAGAACAAUGCAUGAAGUGGUCGAACACAUGACAAAGUACAAACUAAUGAAUACAAGUCUGUUUACUUGAACAUAGAAGUUAACCUAUCAAGUUAGACUAAAUUAAUUGAUACUUUAAGUGCUGUCGUCUGUUCUUCAUUUAGUGAAUAUAUAGCGUCUGGUUCAUUUAGUAACAUCAUGAUAGCAGAAUCAACCGACCGUGCUACAUCAGCGGCAGCAAUCUUUGAUUGUUGUUGAGGUUCAAAAUGUAUUCCGUCCCUUAAAUUAGUUAAACACUUGUGAUUGGUCGGCCUAUCUCGUACCGAGAGCCAGACCUUAUCUGCCGGUUCCCAGUCUUAUCCGGAUCAAUCUGCUCAUUAAAAUUAAAAUAUAAGGGCUUUGUUCCUUUGAGCAUUAA